CACCACCAUAUGGAAGAAACUAGAAAGAGGUCAAGAUCGAGAUCUCCAACGCCAGAGAGAUCGUCAUAUGAAAGGCCAUCCUACAAGAGACCUCAUAUCGUCAAAGACGACAAUCCAUACUUAACAGUACGCUCGUUGAUUGAUACGCGAGAUGCUUCAAUUAUAAUAGGGAAAGGUGGUCAGAAUAUUGCCAAAAUAAGGGAAACUUCCGGUAUUAAGUUAGUUGUAUCCGGUUCUAUACCAAACAAUCCCGAAAGAUUACUCACGGCUACUGGUCAGCUCGAUGCUGUAUCAAAAGCAUUCGGUUUGGUAGUUAGGACGAUAAAUGAUGAGGAUUUCAACCAGCCUUCUUUACCGGGCUCGAAAGCUGUCACUUUAAAAUUCGCUAUACCGAAUAUGAAGAUGGGUUUCAUCAUUGGUAGGGCAGGUGCGAAAAUUAAAGAGAUACAAGAAGCUUCAGGCGCUAAAAUCAGCACGAGUGAUUAUGUGCUACCAAAUUCUACCGAGAGGGUUUUGAGUAUCGAUGGCGUAGCCGAUGCUGUUCAUAUCGCGAUUUAUCAUGUUGGAAUGAUAUUAGCUGACCAAACUGCCGUCCCAUCAAAGGAGAGAGGUGAUCGCAGAAGAGUACAGAAUCAAUCAUACGGUGAUACAUCAAGUUACGGCAGCCCAGCACCAUAUGCCGCGGCGCCCCCUGUAUAUGGUAUGUUACCUACUUAUGCUAGUACAGUCCCGGGACCGGCACCGGCACAGCUUGGAGGUGCACCACCGUUUGGUGGCUAUCCAACACUCCCUGUUGCUGAAACGACGUCUCAGAAAAUAUAUGUCCCAAACAAUCUUGUUGGAGGCUUGAUUGGCAAAGGUGGCUCGAAGAUAAAUCAAAUAAGAUAUACAUCCCAAUGUUCAAUAAAAAUCUUAGAACCUGGCGAAGGUGAACAAACUGAAGGUCCGUCUAUCGAAAGGCUAGUGUUGAUAAGUGGACCCGCAAGCGGUAUACAAAUUGCUAUAAAUAUGUUAUCUGAGGUGAGUAACAAUUUAAAGUAUGAGCGUGUGUGUGUGUAGUCUAUUCUCCACCGCCUCUUCUAUACCCAUAAUCAAAAGACCUUUUCUUAACAAAGCUCUCUCACCCAGCGCAUCGAAAUCGAGAAAGAGAAAGAGAAAGAGAAGAUAAAUCCACCCUUAUGAACCGAAUGAAGCGAAGAGAACCUCAGAUGAGGGUAGACAUCUAUUUGCAAACUUGGUACUAUUCUUAUUCUUAUAUUUACACGCAACAACCCCUUUAAGCUGUAUUCAAUUUAUUAUUUUAAGCCAUAUAUGUGAACAAUCAAGGUCUGGUGUUUCACCAGCGAUGCUUGAUAAAUUCAGCUUAACUAGUUCUGUGUCUUUCUUGUACAUUUCACAUUUAGAUGAGUCUAUACUAAACUUUUGACAUAUAAUAUCAAGUAGUCUACCUAUACUGAGUGCCUUGCUAAAGUAAUAGAAUCGAGAUGAUGUCAAUUCAAUUGUGUUUUCUGUCGAUACAGAAAUGUGAAUACGAUCAGAUGAAUCGAGAACUUCCCUGAGCGGUUUAGCAUUCAUGCGUAUUUUCAUAGCCCAUAUCUUCUUAUCAAACUUUUUUGGUUUUGUCGUAGGUGCAUGUUUGGAGCCAAAUUUUGAUUUUAUAGCUGCUAAUUUAUCAGCUUGGACUGUAUUUAUAGUCCUCUUUUGUGCUGUAGGUGUCGACGUCCCUGCAUGUCUAUGUUUCAAGCAAUAUAUGCUAUCUUGAAACACUUCAUCAUUGCAGUCUGUCACUUGACAACUAAUUUUAUGCCUCUUUGGCGUAUUCUCCUGUGUACUUUCAUUCAUACGUUGACAACAUUCAUAUACUGCAGCUCUAUGGCUUGAACAGUAGCUUUUUGUGCAUCUAUUGCAUUUAUAAACCAAGUAGUCAAUGUUAGGACAAUUUGA